AUGGAUUACGGCCAGCAGGCAUUCUCCGCCGCCGAAAAUCUACCAUUUUCACGUUACCUUGAACUCAGCCGACCCAAAGUGGACCAGGUCUCGGCUCCACAGUGCUUCUGUCUGUAUCGCGACACAAGUAGUCGUCUGGCGCGUUGGUUGCAGUUCAACAGCCAGACGGACGCAUCCCUCCUUUGGCUACCUAAUCAGAGCGACUCCACGAAGAACAGCAACGUGGACGUCGACGGGUAA